AUGGGCAACGUUGUUUUCGCUAUGCUAUACUCACGUCAAGAGAAUCUACUUUGUAAAGUUACUGCUUCCGAUUUGUUGCUCGAUCAGAUGGAGAAGCAAACGUUCAUUGCUACCACGCCGAGUUAUCUAGAACUCAUCACACGCUACUGCACCAUUGUACUAUCAUCAUUGGCGAUGUUGCUCAUGGGUCCGCUUGGGCAGCCCAAGAAGGCUCCAGUGUAUGUCGAUGCAGUGUGUCAGACUGAAAAUGAGACUUGGGUAGAGCUGACUACAAAUUAUGGUGUGCAACCCUGUCACGUGAACAGCAAGUGUGACAUUGACGACGAUUGCCAUUCCUGCACAACUGAGGUGACUGACUUGUUCAUUGACAUUGAGGCCGACACCGGCAUCGAUUCCGAUGAGUUUGAAAAUGACCUGAAUGAUGAAUGGGAAGACGUGAACUCUUCAGCUGACAACUUGUCUCAAUCUAUUAGCGACGCUAACAAUAUGCAUUGUAACACUUGCAACUGCGAGACACAUGCGGAGCAAUUGCUGCAUUUGAAUUGGAUCAAGUCUACCAAAAGUAAAGAAACACCAAGCUCCAUCUAUGUCGAAGAGUAUCUCUGCUCGUGUGGUGAGUGCCCACAGUACAAAGAGAUUGCACACGAUGUUGCAGUGAAAGUGAAGGAGUUGCAGUGCAACUUUUUGCAAAAGCAGAACAUCAUACGACUCUUGCAAGCUUUUUCGACUUAUAACGAAGUGAUAGGCUACCGUAUAGACAUGAUCCCCACAGCAUGUGACUGCCUUCGAUUCUGUUGUGGAGAUGAAGACAAGGCGUUUGAAUCUUUUGUCACCCUUUAUGAUGAAUUGCCACGCCUGUGUGAUAUAACAUGUGGAGAUUGA